CAGACCAUUAAGUCUGGUCUUUUUAUGAGAAUUUGGGAUCUGCAUCCCACUGCUUUCCUGCUCCCUCAGGGGUUUUCUGUUGCGGCCCCUGUCAAGGCAAUCAUCAGUUGUAGCCAGGCACCAUCUAGCCCUUCUGGUCUCAUGGCCUGUUCUUUUUUGACAUGUGUGUUUAUUAUUGGCCUCUAGCACUGGCUUUGUUAUGUCCCAAAGGUUUUGGUAUGAUGUGUUUUCAUUAUCAUUUAAUUCUAGGAAUGUUUUUAUCCCCUCUUUGAUUUCUUCUAUUACCCAGUUGUUUUUAAGCAAUGUGUUACUUAGUUUCCAUGUAUUUGAUUUUUUUUUACUUGGUCUUUUAUUGAUUUCUGCUUUCAUGGUGGUGUAGUCAGAGAGCAUGCUUUAUAUUAAUUUGAUGUUUCGGGUAUUAUUGAGGGUUGUUUUGUGGCCUAAAAUGUGGUCUUCCCUGAAGAAUGUUCCAUGUCUGUUGGAAAAGAAUGUAUACUUUGCUUCUGCUGGGUACAGUGUUUUACACAUGUCUAGGAGGUCAAGUUGGUUGAUCUUGGCCUUUAGAUCUUCUGUAUGUUUGUUGUGUUUCUUUCUAGAUACUCUGUCCUUUACUGAGAUUGGUGUGUUGAAGUCUCCUACUACUAUUGUGGAACUGUCUAUUUCUGUUUUCAGUGGUGUUAGUUUGUGUUAUGUAUUUUGGAGUCCUGUCAUUGGGUGUGUAGAUAUUUAUUAAGGUUUUGCCUUCUUGAUGUAUUGUCCAUUUAGUCAUUAUAUAAUGUCCUUCCUUGUCUUUUAUGGUUAAUUUUGUUUUAAAAUCUGUUUUAUUCGAUAUUAGUAUUGUCACUCCUGCUUUUUUUGUUUGUUUUACUUGACACAUGUUUCCAUCCUUUGCUUUUUAAUAUAUUCAUGUCUUUGUUGUCUAAGGUGUGCCUCUUGUAGACAGCAUAUUGAUAAGCCAUGUUUUUUAUUCAUUUACUAUACCGUGUCUCUUUACAGACACAUUUAAGCCGUUCACAUUCAUAGUGGUUAUCUUUUUUUUUUUAUCAGGUAGGAGUUUAUUGCUGUCAUGUUGUUGUGCUUUUUUUGAGUUGCUAGUGUUUUCUUUUUCCUCUUUCUUGUGUGGAGUUCCUUUUGUUUUCUUACGUUAUUACAGACUUCUUGUUCACUAAGACUGUAUGUUUUUCUUCUUAUUUAUUUUGAUGAGUAGUUUUGUUAACUUUCUUUGUGGUUACCUUGAAAUUUAACCUUAUGUUCUUAAUUUUGAACCAGUUUUUUAUUACCCGAUAUCACCUUGACUUCCUCUCCAUUUGAAAGUUCUAUACCUGCACUGUUUAUUCCAUUUUAUUGUUUUGAUGUUGUUGUCAUUUACCGAUUGAUGUCUCUGUUUUCCUGUUUUAAAUCUUUUAGCUUUGUUUUAUUACUGGGACUUAUUUUCAUAGAUUAGUAUCUGCUGAUGCUGUCCUGUGUCCUAGACUCUGCUUGUUGUCUCAUAUUCUUGGUUCUCUAAAUGAAGGAGUCCCUUUAAAUUUUUUGUUACUCUGGUUUGGUUUUUACAAAUUCCCUUGAUUUCUUUUUGUCUGGAAAUGUCCUAAUUUUGCCAUUGUAUUUGAGAGUUUUGCAGGGUAUAUUAUUCUGAUUGGUAGUUUUUUUCUUUCAAGGUUUUAUAUAUGUCAUACUAUUCCCUUCUUCCCUGUAUAAUUUCGGCCGAGUAAGCAGAGCUUAGUCUUACUAUUUCGUCUUUGGUUUUUCUCAAGCUGCUCUCAGGAUUCUUUCUUUUCUUUGGUUUUGGCAAGUGUCAUUAUGAUGUCUUGGUGACUUUCUUCUUGAGUCUAUCCUUUCUGGGGUUUAUCGAGCUUUUUGGAUGGCCAGCUUUUCAACUUUCAUGAUAUGAAAGCAAAUCUUCAACAGUCUUCUCUGUGUUUUCCAUUUUCUCCUGCUGUCCUGGAACCAUAGUCACGCACAGAUAUUUGCUCUUGAUUGUGUUCCACAUGAUUCUUAGGUUUACGUCAUUCUUUUCUCCGAUUUUUCCUCAGUGUCACAUCCAUGAAUUUGUCUUCAAUCUUGCUGAUUCUGUCUUCCAUUGUUUCAAAUUUGCCCCUAAAACCUUCUACUGAGUUGUCCAUUUCUGGAAUUUUGUUGUUUAUCUUUUGGAUUUCUAGUGCUGUUUUUGUGUGAUUUCUCAUUGUUUUCUUAUUUUGACGUAUUGUUACCGUAUUAUUUUCCUGUUGCUUUGUCUAUGUUUUCCUUGAUUUUGGUUAUGUUUUUGUUAGUUUUAUGUCUGUUUUCCAUGAUUUUGGCUGUUUUUUUCCUUUAUUUUAUCUGUAUUUUCCUUGCUCUCUUUCCCAUUCUCUUGGAGAGCCAUAAAUAUUAGUCUUUUGAAUUCCAUACCAGGUAAUUCCACUGCUUUUUCUUCUGCUGGAAGGUCAUCUGAUUAUUUUGGUCAUGCUGGAGCCAUCUCGUACUGCUUUUUUAUAUGUUUUCAUAUUGUUUCCUGUCUCCAAGACAUUAAGGUAUUUACUUUAUUUAUCGAUUGAUUGUAUGUCUGUUUCGUCCUAUUUCUUUGUUUUGUUUUGAUAGGGCUAACAGACCAGGCAUGCUUUGCUGCUUACUCACCUGUGAGCAUGAUAGCUGUCACCUCUUUGGAUGGGCAGGCAGCAGCAGGCAUGGUGUUAUGUAAUGUGUUAAGAACAUAAGGAAUGGUCUCGUCACGUUUUCAUGAGUUAUGGUGUCUGAAACAUCAAUUCUGUCUUGUGGGAAAAGAACUAGAUGGCACCACAAAAGGAAAUCUGUAUUAACAGAGUGUUACAUUAAACGAAAGAGGUUAGGUAAGAACUGCAAGCCAACAGAUUCAGCAAACAAGGAAAGAAACGUGUUAGCUGUAAGACAUGUUUCAAAUGAAUCAAAGUGCAGUAACUGUAGAGUUCAGAAGAAAAAAUUUUCAAAAAUUUUGUCAAAACAGACAGAUCAGUAAUAAAUAACUCCUCCAGUAAUAAGGCUAGACCUGAAACCAAAAUUAAUUGAAAAAUUAACAAAACAGAUUGAACCUAAAUUAAUUAUUUUUUAAUAAAAACUUCUAAAAACGUCAGAUUAGAAUAAAUUUUCUUCAAAUUUCUAUUGCCUUGUGCAAAGUAAAACAAUUGUCUUUCAGCAUUUAUGUCAGCUUUUCUCAUGUUCUAGGAAUGGCAGAAACCUUACUUGAAGCAAACUAGUAUUUCUGUUGAAAAUGCAUAUCAGCAUCAGUUAAAGUCAGAUUUUUAAGACUGCUCUUCUGAAAUAACACUAGGCAUUUGGUAUUUACACCUACCAGGACCCAAAAAUCCUUUCAGAAACUACUCAGAAAAGGAGGACCUUACUCAGGAAUGAUGUCCAUUCAGCAGAAAUCAAAAGAGAAUUCCUCUAAAGUUACUAAAAAAAGUGAAGAUAAGGAUUUAGAGACACAAAUUCAGGGUUCUCAAAAGAAUGUAGCAAAAAAAUUAGGUCCAAAGGAAACUGUACAAUCACUGGUUAAAUCUAGUGAAAAUAAAGUAAACCAGCCUGAAUCAGGAACACGAAUGAGUACAAGGUCAGCAAAGGCAGCAUCCAGUGACAAAAAAGCUACUAACUCCAUUGAUAAAAAUAUGGUGACUGUGAAAGGACUUUCACAACAAGAAUCUACAAAAAAGAAGAAAUUAUCUCAGAAAAAAACAGCACAUGAGACCUUGAAAUCAAAUGAACAGCUUAACCGGAGAUCACAAAGACUACGACAGUUAACAGAAAUUUCAGUAAGAUCUUUACGUAGUAGAGCAGUUCAGGGUCAAGUUCAAGCACUUAAACAGAGUUUGCCACCAACAAGAAAAAAGCACUGUAGCAAUACUCAGAGUAAAUCUAAUAAAGUUAAAACAAGUGAAGAACAUACGAAAAGAAAAGUACUGGAAAUAAAAUCUGACUCUAAAGAGGAUGAAAAUUCAGUAAUUAACGAUGUAAUAAAUUCUCCCAAAGGAAAGAAACGCAAGGUAGAGCACCAGACAGCCUGUACUUGUAGUUCCCAUGGCGUGCAAGGAUCUGAAAAGUGUCUUCAGAAGACUACUAGAAAAGAGGAAACAAAACCAGUGCCUGUAACUUCUUCAGAGGUAAAAAGAUCAAAAAUAAGUAUGUCAGUGGUCUCUAAAAAGAAUGAGAAAAUGAAGUCAGUUCAUACACAAGUAAAUAUUAGUGCAAAACCCCCAAAAAGUCCGCAGCCAUCAGUGCCUGACCAAAGUGUAGAUAAUGACCUGGAGCAAGCAGGAAAGAGCAAACGAGGUAGCAUUCUCCAGCUCUGUGAAGAAAUUGCUGGUGAAAUUGAAUCAGAUACUGUAGAGGUAAAAAGGGAAUCUUCACAAAUGCAAAGUUCAAAGGAGGAGAAGCCUACAGAAAUAAAAUCUGAAGAGACUGAUGUUGAAAAACAAAUACAUCACCACAAGGAGACAAAUCAGGAUGUUCAGUGUAAUCGUUUCUUCCCCAGUAGAAAAACAAAGCCUGUGAAGUGUGUACUAAAUGGAAUAAACAGCUCAACUAAGAAGAACUCCAAUUGGACUAAAAUUAAACUCUCAAAAUUCAACUCUGUGCAACAAAAUAAGUUGGACUCUCAAGCUUCCCCUAGAUUGGCCUUAUUACGACCCAGUUUUAUACCGCCAACAUUAGAGAUACAUCACCCAAUGACUCAGAGUACAUUUUUAGGGGCAAAACCACAUGAUUAUAAAAACAUAGCUUGCCAGCAGGAAAAAAUUAAAGAAAUUUAUUCUGAAGAAGUUAAAAGUAAUGAUAUAGUGGAAAUUAAUAAAACCACAGGAGGAGCUCCUGAAAAUGGUCGUUUGGAUAAUCAGAUACAGCCUUCUCCUGAGCCACCAUUAUUGGAUAAUCAGAUUAAACAGCCCAUUACAGCAACACCAGAUAAGAAUUUUAGUUUGUGUUUGGAAUCCAAGCUUGAAAACACUCCGGUGGAAAAUACCACAGUUUCAGCUCUGCUUAAUCAAGCAAAAAUUGAUAAAGGAGAGAGUAAAUUUCCAGGUUCAGCUUCCAAACAGCACAGUACACUCAAUAACCAAACAUCUAAAAACAGUGACAACAGGGUGGCUGGGCCUGUUAUGCUCGAAGCUACAGUGUUUGAGAAUGCUCAUUUCGCCACACCCUUGGAAAUACUGGGUAUUAUCAAUAUGGAGACACCACCAAAUCAUCCUUGGCCUAAGUGCAAUUCUCAUUUGGAGAUAAAAAUUCCAAAGGACUUAAAACUAAAAGAAGCAGAGAAAGCUGAUGAGAAACAGUUGAUCAUAGAUGCAGGACAAAAGAGAUUCGGAGCCGUUUCCUGUAAUGUCUGUGGAAUGCUUUACACAGCUUCAAAUCCAGAAGAUGAAACACAGCACCUCCUCUUCCACAACCAGUUUAUAAGUGCUGUAAAGUAUGUGGGCUGGAAAAAAGAAAGAAUUCUGGCUGAGUACCCUGAUGGCAGGAUAAUAAUGGUUCUUCCUGAAGACCCGAAGUAUGCCCUGAAAAAGGUUGAUGAAAUUAGAGAGAUGGUUGAUAAUGAUUUAGGCUUCCAGCAGGCUCCACUAAUGUGCUAUUCGAGAACUAAAACACUUCUCUUUAUUUCUAAUGAUAAAAAAGUAGUUGGCUGCCUAAUUGCAGAACAUAUCCAGCAGGGCUACAGAGUUAUAGAAGAGAAACUUCCAGUUAUCGGAACAGAAGAAGAAAAAGUUAGAUUUGAAAGGCAAAAAGCCUGGUGCUGCUCAACAUUGCCAGAGCCUGCUAUAUGUGGGAUCAGUCGAAUAUGGGUAUUCAGCAUGAUGCGGCGGAAAAAAAUUGCUUCUCGCAUGAUUGAAUGCCUAAGGAGUAACUUUAUAUAUGGCUCAUAUUUGAGUAAAGAAGAAAUUGCUUUCUCAGAUCCUACUCCUGAUGGAAAACUGUUUGCAACACAGUACUGUGGCACUGGUCAGUUUCUGGUAUAUAAUUUUAUUAACGGACAGAAAAGCACCUAAAACAAAUUCUUGCCUACAGUGUUAGAAGACAUCUACUGAAGAGAAUGGAUUGGUUGCUGACUUUAACCAGGAUCAAGGGCCAUUUUUAUUACAAUGAACUCAGGACUGGCAACAACCAUAAGGUUGUUCCAUUUUCAUAAAAUUGGAAACAAUGCAGUAAGAGCUUAUUAUUGUUUUGUUUUUUAAAGAAGAUAUUUUAUUAUCUUUUACAGAAAUUUAUGAUUGAUGUAUUUUAUCUAUAGUUAUUUAGACAUGUUUACAUGCAGCAGAUAACUGUUCAUAGUGGACUGAAAACUAAUGCAAGGACUAUAUGGUCUCAGUGAUAAGUAUAUUUUGAAGUUCUUAAGAUGGAACUAUACCAGUGUAGCUUGGUACUGUAUUUUUUAUAUUGAUCUGCUGAUACCAGUUAUAGGUUUCAAGAUUGUAUUUUCACAGAGCAGAAACCAAUGUUUUUGGGUUGUUACAUAAGGAGGGUGCAAUAUUAAUUUGUGAAAGACCUGAGGUAUACUUUGACAGAACCCCCACAGAAAACGGACACUCCAAACAGGAUGACUUCAGAAUAUUGAGCUUUUCCCUCCAUUUAGCUCUUUCCUGUCCUUAAUGACAGGUAGAAGCGGAAAGUGGUAAAGAUUUGAGGCUUUCCUUCCUGGAGAGCUAGCAAUGACUAGAAGUGGUAAGGGCACCCCUAAAGUUCAUUAUUCUUUCAUUCUGGUUCCACUUUUUUUUAAAUAAAUGGCAACUGGGUUCACUUAGGCUGUUAACAAAUCCCAGAGAGGUUUAUAAAAACCUAUGGAAUAGUUGCAAGGUAAACAUGGAUUACUUGGUAUCUGCUUUGUUAUUCUUUAGAAAUACUGCACUGAGUAUAUGCCCUCAUUACUGGACUUCAUUUUGAUACUUGUCUAUCCUUCAUAAUGCCCUCUACUUUUAAAGGGUUUAUAUGUUGAAAAACUGCUGUGGCCUUUUAUGAUCUGUAUAUAAUGUAGAAUAAAGUAAUAAAAUACUUGAUAGCUUUUUCUACGUGAUACAUGUACUAAGAUAAUGGUGUGGAAAGUAUGUGUUGUCAUUUGUGCUUUUUUAGGGAGCUCCUUAGGUUUGACACCUUGAAAUAUGAUUAUAGCACUGGUUUCUUGAUAGUUUUCACCAGCUUUGUUUUAGGUAAUUGAGUAGAUUAAUUUACUAAGAAGUGAAUACAGGAGAAUUAGGUUGGAAGGGCUGGGUGGGGAAGGAUGAGCUCACAAUCAUUUAAGAAUCUCAAAAAAGAGUAACUGAGAUGGCAUGGUGCAAAGUAAGAGAACCAGAAGAGAGUGGUUAGAAACCAAAGGAAGAAUUCUAAGAACAAAAGAAUGCUCAACACUGUCACACCACAACUGAAGACUAAAGAGAUUCCAAGUGACGUUAGAAAAAGAGCAGUUUCUACAGAGUGGUAGAGGCAGCAGCAGACACAGUGAGUAUACACUAAUGACUACAGUCAAACUUCAAAAGAGGUUGCUUAUAUAAUUGCUGAUUAUAUAAAGGUGUCUAUACAUUUUUUGUCAGCUGUCCUCAAAGAGUUGUUAGUUUAUUUAAAAAAUGUCUAGUAUAUAUAGAUGUUAUAGGGACCACAGGUGUAGACAGGAACCAUGAGAUUUUAUGGGGAAUUCAAUGAAUUCAGUGAUGAUUAAAACAGAGAUGGCCCUGUCUGCAUGGACAUAUAGUGGUUUUAGUUUAUUUUGCAAUAGUUUUAAAAAUAUUUUAUUUUGCAAGUUCAUAAUAUGUAAGAGUGAACUUGGUGUAUCUACUAAAAGCAUGACUAUUGUAAGGACAGUCUGUUACUAUAGCAGACAUGCUGUGGUAUUUUGUUUUUGCCUACACGCUAUGAUUGCCAACCUUCUGGAUAGGAACACAGCCAUAUUCUUGCCUAGCAUAUCCCACCAAGGAUUAAGAUUGCUGAGGUGAUUCUUACACACACAUCUACUCAUUCUCAUGGCUCCUGGGCCUUCUGACAGAAAAAAGGAAAGUUCUGUCUUAUAAGAACCCCUAACCCUCCCACCCAUCCCACCCCCAAUAAAAACAAAGUACAUUGUAUUCUUUAUAGAAUGGAGAGGUGGUCAGAAAACCACUUACUGCUGUUGUUUUUCUCUCCAUCUGUUGUCGGUCACUGAAGUAAAUUGUCAGUACUUGACAGUUAAGAGCACAGUGAAUUUAUUGUGUGAAUGGCUGUUUUGUCUAUCUCAGAGGCCUUUCCUGAAAUUGUCUUUAGUGAUGGGUAUCUUAGUGAAGCCAUGAUUUCAGUGUUACACAGUGUUCUUCUGGACCCAGUGGAAGCUGUAGGGCCGGUUUCCAUGACUAAAGAGAGAGUGGAGGAUUGUUGGUUCCCUGGAUGUUGCUCAGGUCUAGGAAUGGACAGUAGUCAUAUUUUCACGGCUAUUAUUAGUCAAAAAAAAAAAAAAAAAAAAAAAAAAAUUUUUUUUUUUUUUUUCUAGUCUCUAGUCUUUCUAAGACAGCUGCUUUGGAAUAUAUAGAGGAACACUGGCAGUCUCUUCUUUCCCCAGAAUUGGUCAUCAUACAUACAACUGUUUAUUAUCCCUCCUGAGGUAAAGGCCACGACCUCUGCCCUAGAAGCAUGUUUUCAUGGGGUCUAUGUCGAUUUCUGUUAUCACUCUACAUAAUAGAACUGAGAGGCAUUUUUCUGAGAUAACAGUUAUUUCUACACAAAAGUUGGUAAAAUUGGUAGAGUUCAGAAAUAAAUGAGAAAUUAACACCUUGUAUCAUAAAGUUCUGUGUCUUGACAAAGGCACCAAAGUGAGUGAGUUGCCAUCUAUAAAAUAUUGAGGAUGUACUAAUGAAUAUUGUUCAUAUCUCUUUAAUCAUUUCUGGGUCUGUCAUCCAUAAUUAUGUGGAAAUCUGAAAAUAGGCAUGCUCUGUAGAUAUUUUGUGUGUAUUUCCUUUGUAUAAGCUACAGAUUUGCAUUCAACAAGUAUUUAGCACUUCCUUGGACUGUUACACCAAGUUGAUAAUACCCUUCGAUAUAAUAUACCCUUGACACAUGGCCAGAGUCAGGGAGCUCGUUCUAUUUUUUUUUACCACACUGGAAAGUUAAAGAAAAUGAACUUUUUUGUGUGCGUGUGGGAGGGAAUUUUAAUACAUUCACCAAAUUAAAUGAAAAGACAAUAACAUACUGUAGACACAACUUUUAAGACAAUUUAAAAUCAUAAACAAAAUGUGAGGUAGACUGACUAGUGAAAUUCACCAGAUUUUGGUUCAGAAAAUUUUACAGUAAUAAAGUAACACAGGUGCCCCAUUUUCUAAAAACCACAAAAAGCAAUUGCAUAAAUUACAGCCAGAAAAACUUCAAUACAGUAGUUCUCAUUCUAAUGUUUAGUUUACAUUCAGUAUUAACCUGUGUGAACUGUCAUACAUGCCAAGAUUCAACAGGUCUGUAGGUAAAUUAUGCUGGCCUAUUUAAUACAUUCAUACCACAUCAAUGUUCUAAGGGAUGGCAAGGCUUAAAGCUGAACACACCAAGAUGUAUAUUAACAAAUCAUGGUGUCCUGUACUUGUGCAAUUUUAUCCUUAAGGGAAAAGGAUCGAACAUUCUCUGAAGAAUUAAACUGAUAAGGUGAUUUUAAAAGAUCCAAGCCUUAGUAAGAUAGAACUUGAGAAGAAUAGGCAGGCCAUUUUGACUUUCUCCAUCUUUGGGCUGAUGGUCUGAUUUUGGCUUUUAUUCUGGCAUUUCUCUUCCACAGAGUUAAAUAGUACUUAAAAUCCAAAUGAUUAUGAUCUCUUCAGACUGCAGCCCUAACUAAUGUGGAGUACUUGCAUGUAAAAUAACUACUUUGAAAAUAUUCUUUAGACUAUGAAGUCAUAAAGCCAGAAGAAACCCUGAGAGGCCAUCUGCCCCCGGUAAAACUGUUUUAGAAUUAUUUCAAGUAUUUUAUUUGCCCUAUAUAGUAAAAGUUAUUGGAAUAUUGCACGAAUAAUGGAUUACUUGAUAUGGUCCGCAUAGGCCCUUCCAACAAAACAGGAACAAUUGAAAUUGAAACGCAUUCAUAUCUAAACCAACUUGCUUCAAAACGUACCUCUUUGCCAAAAAUUCUGCUGUUCUAAAAUUAAGGAGUAUUUUUAAAGCGUAUAUAUAAGGCAGGUCUUCUUUGAAGGAUAAUCAUAAAUGGAGUUGAAAGGAAUUGUUCAUUUCAAAAUACAUUUAAAGCAUCAUAAUUGGCUAUACUAAAACCAAGAGAUCUGCAAGCCAUUUUCAGUCUUUUCACUAGCUGUAAACUCCUUACCACAAGAUAAUAAAGCUGGUUAAUUAACACUAUUUGUUCUAAGUAAAUGCAGGCUUAGUAGGGCCUUCUCAGUAGUUGCAGGUCAUGAACAAGACGCAGAUUCAAGUAAAAAUAACCAUUUUAAGAAAGGAUAAAGUGGGGCUAAUGAAAAAGAUCCCAGAGGGUUGUUAUAACGAGAACUGAAGUAAAUUUAAGAGUAAACAUCCAGUAGACUGUUUGUUCUAGAAUAUUUUUUAAAUCUGUUUGUGAUUGAACUAUACAGUGAGAAUGCUGUAGGAAUGUAUGUUUUCCACUGUUGACACUGGACAAAUUACCAGUUGCUGAUUCUGACUCAUAUCAACCCCAUGUGUGUCAAGAGUAGAACUGUGCCUCAUAGGGUUUUCAGUGGCUGAGUUUUUGGAAGUAUAUUGCCAGGCCUUUUCUUCUGAGGCUGCUCUAGGUAGACUCGAACCUGUAACCUCAGUUAGCAGCCAUGCACAUCAACUGUUUGCACCACCCAUGGAUCCACUGGGCAAAUAAAACCCAGCUGCCAGUUCCAGUUCAUGGCUAUCCCAGGUGUGUCAGAGUAGAACUGUGCUCCGUACAGUUUUCAACGGCAGCUUUUUGGGAAGCAGAUCAAGAAACCUUUCUUCUGAGGCGCCUCUGCGUGGACUUGGGCUGCCAGAGUUUUAGUUAGCAGCCAAAGGUUAACUCUGCACCACUCGAGGGGUCCACUGGACAAAGAGCCCCUCUGUUAACAUUGGCGGUUCAGUGGUAGAAUUCCUGCCUUCUAUGCAGAAGACCCAGGUUCAGUUCCCAGCCAGCGCACCUCAUGCCCGUCUGUCAGUUGAGGCUUUCAUGUUGCUAUGAUGCUCACAAGGUUUCAGUGUAACUUCCAGACUAAGACAGAUGAGGAAGAAGGGCCUGGCGAUCUACUUCUGAACAUCACCCAGUGAAAAGCCUACGGAUCACAGUGGUCCAGUCUGCAACCGAUCAUGGGGAUUGCGAAGGAUAGAGCAGUGUUUAGUUCCAUUGUGCACGGGGUUGCCGUUCAGUCGGGGGCUGAUUCAGCAGCAGCUGAGAACAAUUUUAAUGAGUUAAAAAGGCUAGUGGAUUAAGUAAAAACAGCUCUCUCCUUUUUAUGGCCCUAUUUCCUGGUUCCCAUUUCAGCAAUUUCUGUGUUCCUUUUAGUAUAAGGCAGCUAAUACUCAGUGUACCUUUUAAAGGAAGCUUUGCGUGAGUCCUUGAGAGGAAACAAAGUAGUUCCACUCCACAUAAAACCCCAACCUGACAGUCCUGUUUGCUAGUUAGUUGCUGCAGGUAACUUCGGACAUUUCUCAGUUGGCUCAGCUACUUGGUAAUCAGGUUCUAGUCCACAUUCCAGUAGACAUGGUGUGCCAAAAUUGGAAACAUUUUAAAAGACGAGGAAAAGCAAAGGUAUUAAACUAGGGCAAGCUGCAUAAACGCACAUGAGGCCUGCUCUGCAUUUACUGAUGUUUGUUCAGUUUAAAUAGUAAACUUUUAACUCCUGUGGAAAUUUUGCCCAAAGUUUCAAUACAUAUAAGAUUAUAAAUCUUAAACUAACACUGCACAGAGAAAGACAAAGCUACUUCAUUUAAAUACAAAUAUCUUCUACAUUCUAUCAUUUCAGACCCCUGAGUAAUACUGUACCAAGGUACAGAUCUGAAGAGUAACUGAGGAUUCAAACCUCAAAUGUUAAUCUUCGAUUAAUUCCACACCAGCGGUGUGAGUCUCCUGUAACACAUUCAGGCUAGCUAACUCUGAAAGUCAGUUUUCCCCCAACAGUGUAGUAGAAAAAACAAUGCAAAUGCCAUCUUAAUUCUCCAAAGUCUACCUCUUCAGGAUCCUGUGGGCAGACCACGUCCUAAGUAACUGCGUAACUGCCUUGGGUGGAGUUUGCCUGAAUUCAAGGUCCUGUAAUUGGAACUGAAGGAGAGUGAUGCCCCAAAGACCUGGGUCAGACUGGGGGGUUCUUUGGAGAAUAGACAAAUAUGUUGCACUUUGCUCCACAGUGAUUGUACUUUAAAGAAAAAAAAAUCCCAAAUAAUUGUUUCUGCCCCACCCCACCUAGGCAUCCCUUUGCUCUUUUGUUCUCCUCGAGAAAGCUCAUACAUGUCGUCCAGUAAGAAAGUAGAGAGGCUUGUCAUCACUGCUGUUAGCAGUCUGAAACUCGUCCCGGAGGCGGAACUGCCACUCGUCUUCUAGCUCCAAGCGGACAAUUGUUUGGCGUAAGGAGCUUCUGUCUUGGCAGAUGACACACAGGGUAGCACCUUCAGAAAAAAAGUCAGAAAGAUAUCUUUUAUUGACAUUAUUAGAUUGAGAAUGAAAUCAAACAACUUUACCACCACUCUUUGAUUAUAUCACCUAUGCUAACACAUGUGAACCAACAUGUAGGUAAAUAAUCUUUCAAAAUUGUUAAUUUUAUUAUUUGAGUAAGUAGUAUUACAGAUUUAAAAGUUUAAAAAAGUGUAAAGUGAAAAAUCUCCCAGCCGCACAGCCACUCCCCCAUGGCACCACCAUUAUGUUUCGUGUAUGUCCCUCUUGGCCAGGGUUUCUCAACCUUGGCACUACUGGACUGAUCAUUCUUCGCUGGGGCGGGGCUGGCGGGGGGUUCUGUCCUGUGCCUCGUAGGAUGUUUAGCAGCAUCUCUGGCUUCUACUCACUGGGUGCUAGUAGCCCCCAGUUUCGUCAACAAAAAUGUGUCCAGACAUUGCAAAAUGUCCUCAGGGGGCAAAACUGCCCCUGGUUGAGAACCACUGCUCCAGAGGUGCUUUAUACACAUAGAAGUAAAUAUACAAUUUCCCCUCUUCUCAUAAAAAUGGUAGCAUGCUGUACACAAUAUUCUGAACUUCCUUUUUUCCACUGACAUUGAAGGUCAUCUUGUGAAGAUUAUUUGUGAUGCUUAAUCUGCAGUUUGUUCUUAGGCAAAUCUAACUGUGCAUACCUAUUGAAGCAACUUCAUCAUUUGCACCAUAAUCUUAACUAAAGGCUUAUGUCCCUUGUACAAAUGUGAUGUAGUUGAUUUCUGACUGAGGCAAUAUGUUAUAGAAUAUAUAGUUGUAUAGGUAGACUUAUUAACUUGAUUUUUAUUCAAACUAGAAUAUAUGAGAAGCAUUACAUGAUUCUCUUCUUAAUAGUGGCAGAAGCCUAUUUAAAAUGGUCACAAAUCUGGCUAUUCAUCUGCAUUUGCAGUCUUAGGAUAACAAUGACUUGAUCCUUUUUUUUUUUUAAGUUAAAAAAAUCAGCGGCCCUGGCUUAAAAGAAGGUAUUGAAUUUAUUGGCAAAAAUUAAUGUUAAAGUAAUUGUUAUAUCUUUCAUCUCCAUAUUUUGUCCAGUGGGAACCAAGAGCAUUCACAAGUUAGAUUCUAUAGUUAAUUUACCUUUUAGAAACUUAAAUUUCUUAAGAAGAUCAGCACCUACGAAAGAGUCACAGAGGUACAAGAGGAGUCCACUGAAAGACACCCCUUCACAACUGACAUUGCUGGAGUGGGGUCUGGAGCUAACGUAGCAUACGGCCACCUGAAAUCAGCAAGCAGAAAUAGCAUUUUCAUUUCACAAGCAACCAUAACAUCUGCACUUCAGCUGAAUGAGCCAGUUACCUUCCUUUUUAAUUUAUCUAUUUCAGGGUAAGGUAAAGGAGAUGAUUUUCUUAAGUGUUACAUGACAUUGGCUGGUUGUUUACUCAAGCAUUGUACCUCUUAUUUAGUGUGCCAACUUAUAAUUUGUUAAUGAGAGAAAUUAGAAACAAGCCCCUUCACCUGAGUCUUUAAAAAAAAACAAAAAACAAAACUGCCUUCCACAAAAAGGCAUACUUAAGAUAAAUGCUUAGAUCAUCAUUUUUAAUCACCUUUUCAUUUAGAUAUACUUAAAAUUUUCAACUGGAUAGAAGCUCAAAACAGUGCAUGACUAAAUUUUUAGCUCUAAAUGGCUUCUGUGUACAGAAGGUAACUUCACGAAAAUUACAAGGAAGUGAACAAAAUAGUUGGGAGACCUUGAGAGUUAGAAUAUGGGCCAGACUGCCUGUGCGCAAACACUGGUUCCUCCAUUUAGUGGCUGUAUGACACUGAGCAGUGUACUUCAUUUCACUAUACCUCAGUUUCCUCAUCUGUAGAGACAACAUUCACAGUUUCACGGGCCUGUUUUGUGAAUUAAAUAAUUUAGUGUAAAGCAGUUAUAAGCAUUCACUAAGUAUUGGCUGCUGUUAGUACUGGUAUUGAGAUUGUGUGGUCUAAAAAAAAAAAAAAAUUUUUUUUUUUUUUUUUUAAUAUCAAGAGCCCUGGCCUCGGCUAGGGGUGUUGAGAAACCUGGGUUAGACACGUAUGUAACUUACAUAUAUACCAUAAAUGGUAUUAUUAUAUCUGAUAGUUUCUUAAAAUUCCUUCUACCUCUAAAAUUCUACAAUUCAUGGUCCAGCCCACAGUGUAGACUAUUGAAAAUAAAAAUGAGAAUGUAAAAUGCUUAUGCUGUUGGAUUUUAAAAAUGAGGUUCCAAAAUUAAAUAUAGUUGGAUUUCGUUGUUAAAAAGGUAUGUGUGCGGGUGUUGAUACAUGUAAAGAAAAAGGUGGAAGCAAUGUAGUAUACCAGUGUAGCACCUCCUGUUACAAAGGAUCUGAUUUUCUUUUUUAUACCUUUUCUUUAUUUUUGAAAAUCCUUUACAAGGAAAAUAUAUAACUUCACUGAAUAGAAUAAAAUAAAAUAGAAUUAAAAACAAGACAAAACUCAUAAUCCUAACGGAAAGCUUAGUGGCAAAAGCAACUGGCAAUUUAAAAAAAAAAAAAAUCCUAAACUGGUGAAGAACUGGACAGAAAGAAGCAGGGGAUAAAGAAUGAGAAAUAAGGAAAUGGUGGAAAAGAAGAGGGGAAAGUGACAGCUAUAGGUCUCAAAUGUAAUUCUGUACCAUUUAGCAUCAUUGAGCUCUUAAUGUGCCUGAAACAUAAGACAUUGUGUACCCUUGAAGCAGUCACAGUCUUGUGGAGAAACAUCAUCACAUAGUUACAGUCUGAUAAAUGUUCUGAGAGGUAGGAGCUACGACAGGCCAUUAAGGUAGGUUUCUCAGAGGAGCAGACAUCUGAGCUAAGCUAUGAGUGUACACUGGCUGGUUUUUUAGAAGUGAAAUAGGUCUGAAAGGGACAAUUGAAAUCAAUUUUGCAUGAGGCUUUGCAUAGGGAGUAUGUCACAGGCUCCUUUUUGUCACCAUGUUAAGCUUUCCAACAGGAGCUAAAAUGGGACAGAAAUGGAUGGAAGCUGGUACAGUCCUUCCCCUCUUACCUCGGGUCCAAUGUUCAGGUAGCAGUCAAUGGCCAACACAGGACUCUUGAAGUUACGGAUGGCUUUGGGGAAGAGUUUGUAUGAGGCAUGCUGAAGGAACUUCUCCAGGAGAAACUGUGCAGGAGCUGCCAGUAGAGUGUGUUCGCUGUCUGGAGCGCAGACAUACUGAAGGGGCAAGAUGGGUGCUAUGGUCUCUGAUACCUGGAAUCAGAGCCGAGAUUAUCACUGGAAAACCUGUCACUGGAUGAAACAGGCAAGGCAGCGUCGCACUUCAUCCUAACAAAACAGUGUCAGAUGCUGGCUUCAGAUGUAAGUCUGCCAUUUUUGGGUCCUGAGAAUUUCUUUUUUUUCUUGGGCAUAGUAAAAUAGGAUUUAAUAUAAGUUAUACACAGCAAGAGCAGGAGAAAAUGGAAAAGUAGGCUUCUUUGCAAGUUACUGCAUUUAGCAAGUACAUUGUGAGGUCCAACAGGAAACCUUUCACCAUGCUGAUGAGUGUAUGGGUUAAAUCCUAUCCUAUCACAACUAAAAAAGGGGGAAAGAAGUUUCUAAACUCCAUUGGCUAGUCCACAAGUUGUAAAUGAUGAGAUAGCCUUUAAAGAGAGAGGGGUAGGCCGAUGGAAUUCAUUCUUAACAAAUUUUGAUCUGCAUUAUUCUCUAAAAAAAUCUGGCAAAGGACCCAAGCAAACAUCUUGAUUUACAUUUUCUGUCAUGUAUUACAUUUAAAGAUUGUAAAAAUGUAAAGUUUACCAUCUUGAAACUAAAGCGUUGAUGGAGUUAAGCCUUAAAUCUAAAGCAACUAGCGAAGGAAAUGGGACUUUGCAAAUCUGCCAGUAAUAAACAACUCCUUUGUCUUGCUUCACUUUCCAGUCAAGUGGAAAGCACGUAAUACAACAAGAACUAAAACACCUAAUAAACAAAGAUAUUAAUAAGAAAUCAUUGUGCUCAUUUUCAACAGUAGAACCAAGCUUGUAAAGCUUACCAUGAUCUUUGGUUUUAUGACAAAGUCCCUUUGCCCUCCAACUUGGACGUGUUUCUUCAUGAGACUGAAGUUAUUAAAACGGCAGAUCAGCAGGCCACUACUGUUUGUUCUCAAGUUAAAGUCAACAUCUUCACAGAAGUACCUAAAUGAUAUAACAAUAGGUUUCUUUGGCUGCCUGUCACAUCUCAACCGUAAUAAUUACACACAGAGAAUGGUGUGGCAGAUGUUACGAGAUGGAAGUGAUUUUUCUCUAGUCCAAUUAAACAUACCACUAGCAUGUCUUCAACCUUGCCUUCUUUGAGCUGGGCCACUUAACACAGACCCGGGAAAACCCCCAAGUUGGGCGUUACAUCCAUUAAGGAAAGGAGGAAGUUAGGUGAUUUUUGUCCCAGAUAUUCUUAAUUCCACAGGGUUUUAGGCAUUCUAGAACUGAAAUAGGACUGCACAUCCUAAAUACUCUUGCAGGAAAGGGGUAGGGAGGUGCUCCCAGUUUUAAAAUCCAGGCUUCCAACAGGAUAAAGCACCUGCCAGAUUUAAAAGGAAGUGAAAGCAGCUGCUAUACUAAUAGCUAUGGUUGGGAGCUGACUUAGGGGCUUGACCAUCCCUGGUACCUUCCUUGGCCCUCUCAGAUUUUCCAGGAACUUGGAUGUAAUUUAUCCUCGAGACAAGGCCAGGACAGCUUGCUUAUCCCACCUGCUGGCUUUUCCCUGUAGGAUCCAGAUCUCUGGGUCUACUUACACUUGGGGAAAUGGACUUCUGAGGGUGGGACGUGGGUUUAGUCUUGCAUGUUUAUGUGUCUACACAUUGAUUUGUGUUGAUUCAACAGUUUUUGUGCCUGUUUUAGUUCUUGUUGAAUAAUGAGAUGGUUAAAUACGUUUUCUAAGCAUGUUACUUUGUGACCCCCUAUUCUUAAAGGUCUAGGUCAGUUUGAAGGGUGAUGAAGGGAUGCUUUCGCGCUUGUGAUUCCCCCCUUUUUCCUUGUCCAUAUAAAGAAUUUCUUAGCUUUUCAAUUAAAGACACAUAGAAGUAACACUGCACACGCUAGAGAUGAACAGAAAUAAUGAGAAACAAUGCCAAGGUUGUUUCACAUUAGAAGAGACAAAGUGUACCUCCCGCACAGGCUUUAACUCUCUUGAAAAGAAAGUCUGUCAAUUUGACAGUAUGAACAAAUGGGACCCAUACCUUUUUCGUUUUGAUACUUAGUACAGUCAAAGGCUAAGAUGUGACUGAAUAAAAUCAGUGGAUACCAGAAUUACUUGUGUCCAUUAGGUAGGACUUACCUGUUGAAGUCAUACUGCACAUUCUGGGUCAAGUCUAUGUUGAGGAGAAUGAAGUCAUGCACAUGGCACCUAGAGAAGGGAGCCUUUAGGCUCUGAGAAUUCAGCUUGCUGCUCCACUUCUGUAUGCCCAGUAUUGCGUAGUGGGAGAUUUUUGGUGUGGCUUCAAUAUGCUGCAAAACACUCUUCAAGGACACAUUCUUACUGGAAACUCCUGUUUCCAUGGACGGGCUGUGAAAGAGAAAGUUAGGUUAUGUAAGAUGUCAAUAAAUAUUACUGAAGAGAGAAGUGUUUAGGAAGGGCCAACACUGCUACUUUCAGUGUACAGUACUAAUAUCUGUAAAAGACAUAAGCUGAUUUCUCUGUACCGGCCUGAAAUGGACAUGUAUGUCAAGUCCAGUUUUCACUGCUGCCUGUCACUGCAAACUUAAGGAAGGUACCUUUUAGGGCUGGGGCUUAUCAACUUAAGGCAGAACAAGAAAUCCAGCCCAUGUUUCAAAGUGAAUAAUGAACUUGGAGUUACCGAAGAGAGGACAGAAGUACAGAAGUAUAUGCCCUGGUUCUGGGAAUUAUGGUAUAAUAAAGAAUAUUUGAAACUUCACCAGCUUCAAAUCCACAGUAGAAACGAGGACACAAAAUCACACUAGGGGCCUGGAUAUCAUCUGGCACAGCAUUCCAAUUGGGGGUGCCGCUGACAUUUUGAGGGCCAUUCUUCAUUGUGUAGGAAUUUACCAUGUUUAGCAUUCCCUGGUUCCCAGGGGCUCUCCCCCCAGCCCCUAGCAUUGUGACAUCCCCAAAUGCCUCCUAGGAGGGCAGCGCUGUCCCAGGAUGAGAGCCUCUGAUUCUGGCCCAACCAUAAUUUUACAGGUGAUGGAACUGAGACAGACAUGAACUGACUUUCCCUUUUCACUCAGACAGUUAAGACGCAGGGCAGGAGGCUAGAACAGGUCUCCUGAUUGAGAUGUCAGUGCUUUUUCCAAAUAAGCCAGUGUCUUUAGGUAAACGUUUCUAUAGCUAACCAAAACCAUGAUGCAGAAAUGGUCCAGGGGAUCUGAAGUUAUACUGAAUGUCUGAACAAUUCCUAAGGCACCAGAAAAUGUACUAGUAAGGGUGGUCCCAUGGAAGACUGGUACCCUCUGGAAAGCUAUACUUAGCUGGAGCUAAGAGAAGUAUCUUUUUCUCUACAGCAUUGAGUCAUAUCUCCCCCAGAACUGCUCUGGAAGUACCACUACCUUGUCUGCUCUUGAACACUAUGAAUAUUCCAUAGGACACAGGAAUCAUCCAUCACAACGAUGAAAGGCCAGACACACUGGCGUUUAACUCCCAGCUCUUCGAGGCGGUUCCGCUCCAGUUCCAGGUUGUGAUAGGACAGCUCCUUGAUGAGGAACCUGGCGGCACCUGGAAGGCAACAGGACCAUGGCCCCAGGUUUGGCCCAGGCUCCACCAACAGCCCACAUUCUCUCCAGAGGCAAGUGAGUCGUGGAGAUCACACUGCAGGAGUCAACUGAAGGCUUAGAGCUGUGGCUCUCAAACCUCAGUGCAGAUAAGGAUCACUGGGGACAUGUGUUUAAAUGUGAAUUUCUGGAGCCAAUCACCAGAGAUUCAACUGAGAAAGUCUGGUGAGGGGCCAGAAACCAGAGAUGUCUUUGAUGAUGCAGGGAGUACUGCAAGAAUCCAGUUUCCCUGAUACAACAAAGGAUACCACACACAGGAAAAGCAUAUUACUGCUUUGUUGCUUAAAGCUGUGACAAGAGGCUCUCUCAGUCCUGGAGGCAGUCACUCACAUGUCCUGCAUUUGGGAGUGGAUGGGGCUAAGUGGGUAUGCCAUCUCCACUGAUCCUUCCUCUGCUUUACCAAAAACCAAACCCACUGCCAUUGAGUUGAUUCUGACUCAUAGCAACCCUAUAGGACAGAGUAGACCUGCCCGAUUGAGUUUCCAAGGAGUGCCUAGUGGAUUCGAACUGCUGACCUCUUGGUUAGCAGCUGUAGCAUUUAACCACUAUGCCACCAGGGUUUCCUCCUUUGCUUUAGACUUUAGGAAAUUGGCAGUAGUGUCUUCUCUGGAAAAGAUUCUAGAAACUGGCUCCCUUUACCUAGAUCUGCUUUUUGCAAGGUCCAGUAUGGUAUAAGAGCACAGACUGGAUCCAGGCUGCCUAAGCAAGUAAUGUCCCUGUGCCUUGGCUUCCCCAUCUGGCAGGAGUUGAUAACAAUCAUCUGUCUUAUAGGGCUGUUGCUUAAAGUGCUCAGAACAGUGACUAGCACACAGUAAGCACUCAAUAAGUGUUAGCAAUCUUUAAGACGACCACAUAUUAGCCAAAUUUUAGGAAUGGGCCACCCUAAAAUGAAACAAAAUGGAGAUGAUAAUGAAGAGGCUAAAAAGAGCUAUUGAGUCUAUGCAGGAGCCAGGAAAACAGUCUCAAUAAAUCAAGGGUAAUAUUUAGACUUAGGAAAACCCAAGAGUACAUGUGUUAUAGUUUGCAUUUAUCUCAUUGGCUGCAUAUAUGUUGGCUUUACUCUCCCUAAAUUAUUGCAACAAUGACAAAACUAGCACUAGACAAAUUUGGUCAAAUCUAGGAUGAAGAAACUUCCUCUUAUUGGUCAUAAAGAGGGCCCAAAGUCCAUCAAAUGAGGAAAAGACAGUCUUUUUUUAACACACAGUGCUUGCAAGACUGAAUGUCCGUCUGCAAAAAAAUGAAACGGGACCCAUAUCUCACACCAUACACAAAAACUAACUCAAAAUGGAUCAAAGACCUAAAUAUAAAGCCAAAAACUAUAAAGUUUAUAGAAGAAAAAACACAAAGCUAGAGGCCCUAAUACAUGGCAUUAACAGGAUACAAACCAUAACCAACAACACACAAGCUCCAGAAGAUAAGCUAGAUAACUGCGAUCUUCUAAAAAUUAAACACUGAAGUUCAUCAGAAGACUUCACCAAAAGAGUAGAAAGAGAACUUACAGACUGGGAAAAACUUUUGGCUAUUACAAAUCAGACAAAGGUCUGAUCUCUAAAAUUUACAAGAAAAUCCAACACGUCUACAACAAAAAAUAAUCCAGUUAAAAAAUGGGCAAAGGAAAUGAACAGACCCUUCACCAAAGAAGACAUUCAAGAGGCCAACAGACACAUGAGGAAAUGCUCGUGAUUACUAGCCAUUAGGGAAAUGCAAAUUAAAACUGCAAUGAGAUACCAUCUCACCCCGGCAUUACUGGCACAAAUAAAAAAAAAAAAAAAACAGAAAAUAA